CUUCAAGAACAAAACAUUUGGAAAAGGUGGACUGGACUGCGGGAAUAGACCCACUGGUUCCCCAAUGCCCAUGAUAAAUAAUCUGACGGUACGCCGCGCGUGCGACGACCGCCGACUGCAUUCCAGGUUUCACGCAGCCUGCCGUUUUCGAGAGUUUAAGCCUCGAUAUUUUGCCGCAGGCAUUUGACAGUGCGAGUCGACCUCCAAUGGGUGUCACUCCACCAAACAGCAGUCGUCGGAAAGGCGACGGCUUUCCCACAGCACAAUUAUUUUAUCUCGCUAUAUGCCGUGUGGCUGAACCCAUAGCCCUCACGUCCGUCUUUCCAUAUGCAUUUCCUCUGGUCUUGCGCUUCAACUUCGGAGACCCGGACAAUGCCUCCUUUUAUGCCGGUCUUCUUAUUUCUGCUUUUCCCAUAGCAGAAUGCACGACGGGCAUGCUCUGGGGAGGGCUCUCCGACCGCAUCGGCCGAAAACCGACUCUUCUUCUCGGAUGCAUUGGAACAAUGAUUUCACUGAUCAUGAUUGGAUUUGCCAGUAAUUUCUGGAUUGCGUUAUUGGGUCGGUCUCUGGCCGGAUUCUUGAAUGGAAAUGUAGGGGUGAUUCAGACCAUGGUAGGAGAAAUGGUCAAGAAGCCGGAACACGAGCCACGUGCGUAUUCGGUGAUGCCCUUUGUAUGGUCAAUUGGCACUAUUAUUGGACCGGCGAUUGGUGGCACGUUUGCAGAGCCUGCAGUCGGCUUUCCAGGGCUUUUCUCGGCCAACGGAAUUUUUGCAACCUUUCCAUACCUUCUGCCGAAUCUCAUUUGUGCAGGACUUCUACUGAUCAGCAUCGUCGUUGGAUAUUUAUUCCUUGAGGAAACCCACCCUGACAUGCUGGCGGCCGGAAAAUCUACAACCGAUCACAUUUCGUCCAUUGAAGAGUCAAACGAAGCAGCAUUGCUAUCCUCAAACGGACUCCUGGGACAGGCUGUGGUCGAUCUUCCACAGAAUACAUAUGGUACUUUUAACAAUAAUGACGAUAGCUCGAGUGACCGGUGGGAGGUGGAAUCCGAAGACACUAUUGCUGCACAACCGACGGCCCCCGAGAGGCCGAAAAUGUUUACCAAACGGGUUGUAUUGCUUGUCGUUGCUCUCGGUAUUUUCUCGUAUCAUGCCAUGGCCUACGAUCAUCUUCUACCAGUUUUCCUCCAAGACGAGCGAAGAGACGACAUUUCAUCCUUUUCAUUUUCACCGUUUCACGUUCCUGGAGGAUUAGGUUUAACCACACAAUCAGUUGGCUUCAUCUUGAGUAUCGAUGGAAUUAUUGCGAUAGCUAUCCAAGGAUUCAUCUUCCCUAUUGUCACCGAGAUCCUCGGGGUGUGGAAGGUAUUCAUGUUGGUGACGCUACUCAGUCCGAUAACCUACAUCUUUGUCCCCUACUUGGUAUUUUUGCGCGGCUUCUGGCUAUAUGUCGGUAUCUAUGCGUGCCUCAUCCUCCGCAACAUCUUUGGGAAUCUCGCCUAUCCGGUCAUUCUUAUCAUGCUCAAGGAGGCCUCGCCUGCUCCUUCAGUACUGGGCAGGAUCAACGGGUUUGCUGCAAGUGUUGCAGCGGGCACAAGGAGCCUCGCACCGCCUAUUGCCGGAUAUUUCUAUGGUGUCGGAAUCAACCUUGCGUUUACCGGCAUUGCAUGGUGGGUCAGCGGUGCAGUAGCCGUUCUGGGAGCUCUCCAGGCAUUGAUGAUUAGGCAAACAAAGCGGCGUGAUGUCCUGGAUGGUUUUCCGGCUGAACCUGUUCUUCUGCCGCCUGACGACGAUAUGAAGAGCGAGUCAAUUCUGAUCACGUGUGAAGAAUCAGAUGAAGUUUGAAGUCAGCAUGUUUCUCCGGGACUAUAAUUGCAACUGACGAUAUGAUGAUGAUAUUUUCCUAAACCAUUGUACAUAUUUCUUUUUAAUUUCCUCCGC